AUGGCCGCCAACUCCUUCUACACUAUGAGGCCUGUCAUCCCCCAGACGCGCACCGACACGGCGUCUCGGGUGACUAUCAAAAACAUCCCCGUGGGCGUGACUGAGGCGCAACUGAAGGCCAGUCUGAAGCAGCACGGAGAUGUUCGCAUUCAUUUGUUUGUUCCUGGAACUGAGUACGGGAGUGGGUGGGCCUGGGUGAGUUGCGAGCAGCAGCAAGACGCGGAGCGGCUGCUGGCGCUUGCUGCAGCGCGCCGCGAGCGCGCAGCAGCAGCGCUGCGCGAGCAGCAGAAGCUGCACGACGCUGCAGCAGACCCUGCUGCUGCUGCUGCUGCUGCUGCUGCUGCUGCUGCUGAGGAAGCUGCUGCUGCGGAGACCGCGGACGACGCCAAGAGCAGCGACUGCUCGGACGAAGCCAGGAGCGACGCGUAA